CUUUCGAUCGUGCUUUAAUUAUGUUCAAGAAGAAGGCAUCAUCAUCAGUUGGCAAAAACUUGGCUGUGUUAGGCGUAAUAGUCAUCUUAGCAGCCUCCUCCUUGGACUUUGCUGCAGCGCAGCCAGCAGCCGUUUCCAACAAUGAAGGAAAUGCUAAGUGGAGUAGCAACGAUGAUGGCACGGUGAGGAUAGACCCUCUGGACAAGUUCAAGAAAUACAGGGGAGGGUUCGACAUUACUAGCAAGAACUACUGGAGUUCGACUGCAUUUACAGGCAUAUACGGCUACGCCAUUGCCGCACUCUGCCUCUUGGCUGGAAUCUGCUAUGGAGUUUUCAAGCUUGUUGCUCUUUGCUGCAAAAAUCGGAGUAGGAAGUCGAAAGAAGGCAUCAAAUCGUCACCGUCUAACAACGAAAAUUAUGUGAUCUACAGACGCUUAGUUAUCGUUGUCCUCCUCACCCUUGUGGCCAUAGUGGUUGCAAGUGGAGUCGCACUAGGAGGUAGCGCGAACUUCCACAACAGGGCCAAGAAGGCAGUGGACAUCAUCAUCCACACUGCAAACAAUGCCUCGGGGACCAUCUACGAUGUCACGUCGGCGAUGACCGGGAUUGCUCGUACUCUGAAAUCCUCCGCCGAGAUCUCGAACCGAUUCCCGACGGCCAGGGCCGCGUCGAAAUUCCUGAGCUACGUGUCGCGGAGGAUGGAUCGCGAGGCGGCCAACAUUGAGAAGGAAGCCAGGGACAAUAGGCGACUGAUCGAUGUAGCCGUCACUAUUGUGUACGUUAUAAGCGUCGUCGCUAUUUCUCUCAAUUUGGCCGUCGCCAUUGCUAUUUCAGCUUUUGGGGUACUGAGGAUUCGGAAAGCAAUUAGCUGGCUUCUUCCAUUAUUUUGGUCGCUAAUAGUCCUCUGCUGGUUGCUAUUUGGCAUCUAUUUCUUCUUACACAAUUUCGCAAAUGACACGUGUCGAGCCCUCGAGACGUUCGACCAUAACCCUCAGAACAGCAGCCUGAGCUCGCUCGUGCCGUGUGACGACCUAGCGGCAGCGAGACCAACUCUGAGACGGGUCAGAGAGGGGAUUUACGACCUCGUCUCCCAACUGAACGUCGUCGCCGCCAACGUGACGGCGGCGUACGGAGUGCCGGCUAACUACAUUCAAGUUUGCAACCCUUUCUCGCCGCCGCCGAACUACCAUUACCAGCCCCUCGAUGAGUUCACUUGCCCUCCUCCAGCAUUUCCCAUCGGCGACAUCCCAAAGGUAGUGAAAUUGGUGACAUGCUCAGACGACGGAACAUGUGGGCACCAGCAGUUCGUAUCCGCCGCCGAUUACAGGCUGGUGGAGGGCUACGCCAGUUCGAUCCAGAGCCUCGUCGACGCCUUCCCGGAGAUGCAGAGCCUGGUGGAAUGCGACUCCGUCAAAGCAUCGCUGUCUCAAAUUGUUCACCGCCACUGCCAGCCGUUGAAGAAGAAUGCGAAGAUGGCUUGGGCGUCAUUGGUUCCCCUCUCUGUUCUCGACAUGGCUCUUCUCGUUUUGGUACUGGUGAUACAGAGGAUGGCAUCUUUAAGGACGAGCGGUUCCGUUGGUACCGUCGCUAAAGAUGAUGCGCCGCCGGCGCCUCUGCCUCGCCGUUCUUCGUCGUUGGAGCUAGCCGGCUCCGGCGGCCACCGUGAUCAGUUGGUUUGAGGUUUUUAGUGAAGAUACUUCAUUCUUUAUUUGUUUGUAAUUGUAAAUAUUCCCACAUCUUUCAUUUUAUUUUGGUUAACUAUUAUAUUUUACAUAGUGGUAUAGAGUGAUAGGUAAUAUAUUUUUUUUUAAAGAAGGAUUCAUUUUAUUCAUUGAAUCGAUAUGAUGUACAAAAUUAGAUAUGUAGUUAUUGGAAAGUAGAAAUAAUAUUUAUGAUAAGGACUCAAUCAAGGGGAAGAGAAACAUUCAUAGUUAAGUAUGUAAUUAUAUAGUUUUUUUGUUUGAUGUAUGUCGAUGAA